UAUGAACAACAAUAAGACAAUGAAAAUUAAAAAAUCAACAGAAAAAGGAUUUGAUCUUGAAUCCUGCUUCUAAAAAAGUGAGACAGAUCACUAAGACGGUUAUAUAAAGGAUGCUGAUUAUUAUUUUGAUUCAUAUUCACAUUUUAGUAUUCAUGAAGAAAUGCUUAAAGAUAAGAUCAGAACAAAAGCUUAUUAAAAUGCCAUAAUUAAGAACAAAGUAAAUAUCAUAUAUUAAAUGUGUAGCAACUUUUUCAAAAUAAAAUAGUUUUAGAUGUAGGAGCUGGAACAGGCAUUCUUUCAAUUUUUGCUGCUUAAGCUGGAGCAAAGCAUGUUUAUGCAGUUGAGAAUGCUAACAUUGCAAUUCAUGCAAAAAAGAUUAUAAGUGAAAAUGGACUUAGUGAAAAAAUUACUAUUGUAAAAGGAAAGAUAGAAGAAAUUGAAUUACCUGUUGAAAAGGUGGAUAUCAUCAUUUCUGAAUGGAUGGGGUAUAUAUUAAAUAAACUAAAAUUUAGUUAUUUUCUUUUAUAUGAAUCUAUGUUAGACUGUGUUCUUUAUGCAAGAGAUAAAUAUUUAGCUCCUGAUGGUCAUAUGUUCCCAGACAAAGCUAUUAUGUAUCUAUCUACAAUUGAAGAUGAUGAAUACAGAAAGUCAAAAAUUGAUUUUUGGUAAUUAUCAUAUAUUAUAAUUUAAAUAGGGAUAAUGUAUAUGGUGUAAAUAUGAGUUGUAUUAAAUAAUGGGCACUUAGAGAACCUUUAGUAGAUUGUUGUAAUCCUGAACAAAUUAAUUCUAAUUCCUGUCCUAUUUUUGAAAUUGAUAUAAAGACUGUUAAAGUAGAGGAUUUAGAUUUUAGUCAUUAAUAUAUGUUGAAAAUUUAAAAAGAUGAUUAUGUCCAUGCUUUAGUUGGAUGGUAAAUACUUUUUAAUAUAUUAAAAGGUUUGAUGUUUAAUUUUCAAGUUGUCAUGUUCCUGUAAGAUUGACAACAUCUCCUUAUGCAGAAAGUACUCAUUGGAAAUAAACUGUAUUUUAUAUUGAAGAACCAUUGGCUGUGAAAAAUAAUGAUAUUAUCUCAGGUAGUAUUGCAGUGAAAAAGAAUGCAUAGAAUCCAAGACAUUUAGAUAUCAAGAUUUCGUAUCACUUGGAAAAUGUUUAUGGGAAAAACGAAUAAAUUAUAAAUUAUAGACUUAGUUGA